CACAAACACACUUACACUAAAACACACACACAUACAAAACGUAGUGAGAAUUAAGCAAUGGGCUGGUUGCUAGCGCUCCUUGCACUGCUCUUCGCAAUCAAUGAGUUGCUCGCAGUUCCCACUCCGCUCAAGCUACCAGGCUACACACAUAAACUGACGCCGUACAUCAAGCACUGGGAGGCAGCGAACUUCGAUCGCUCGGUGCUGCAGGUGGCACAACAGCGACACUUGGAGCAGGCACGCGCCCGUCGAAAACGUCAAGCGGAGCCGCCGUCAAGUGGCCUGGGAUUGGCGCACACAAUACGCCUGAAUUUCUCUGCACACGACAGAGACUUUCUUCUGGUGCUGCGUCAGCAGCCAAAUUCGGUGUUCGCAAAUGAUGUGGAAAUCGAAAACACACUGGGACCCAUCGAUUACGAUGUGUCACGCAUUUACACGGGCAGUCUGGAGGAUGACGAGGCUGCCCAUGUCCAGGCGAUACUCACAAGUGAUAAUCUGCUCGAUGGCACAAUUGAGACGCAAGCUGAGCAUUAUUAUAUUGAACCAGCGCAGCGUUACUCACAGCAAUUGGCCGAGAGUGGUGUUCAUAGCAUUGUCUAUAAGCUAAGCGAUGUAAAUAUGCAACAACACAAUUCAUUUGCCAGCGGUUUGUCAUCUAAAUCGCCCAUUAAGACGCAUUGCGCCAGCGAACGUUUGAGGCAGAAACGUUGGUUGCCCGAGGAGGAGCACGUCACUGCUCCAACUUAUAAUCGCAAUCCACCGUUGCCGUUGGAUCUUGAGGUUCCCUACAACGAUGAUUUUCGAGUGCUGGCCUCCGAGGAGGAUCGCAGUGAGGAAGCACCGAAAAAAUCCACAGUAACAACAACAACGACUGUGCGAAGCACGGAAAGCUUUCUGGCGACGCUAACGAAGCCCACACCUAAUCGCAAUAUACUUGUAAAUAACUUUAAUCCCUCCAAUGUUGGCGAUAGCAGUCGCAGCUACAAUGGCAACUCCAAUACCAAUUCAAAUUCUAACAGCAACAACAACGUACGCAAAUUGUACACGAAGCAUAAAAACAUCAUUGUUAGCACCUAUAACCGGCCAAUAGAGCCAGAAUUUGGCACACCCUACGAGGAGCCGAAUGCCAACAAUAGCAACAGCCUGCCAAAUAACUUUUUCAAUGCCAAUUGGACGACGCUCUCCAUGGGCAACAGCAACGGGGCCAAUGAUCGUCCCAGCCAUAAGACGCAUGUAGAGAUUAUUACAAAGAAUGGCGCCACCAAGAAACCCAAUAUUAUUGUAAACAAUUACAAUCCAGAGAUAAUAUUCGCCCCAAAUCCACAUAAUCCCAGUUUUAACACCAUGCUGAUGACGAAUCUGUUGAGUGGUCGUGGCGAUGAUAUUCAUAGCUCGCCCCGUCUGCUUUAUGAUCGUAAGACCACUUGCAUGCUUUAUUUGCAAGCGGAUCACACAUUCUUCCAGAAGAUGGGCAGUGAUGAGGCCUCAAUUGAGGCUAUCACACGGCAUGUUCAACGCGCCAAUUCUAUUUAUCGCAAUACGGAUUUCAACAAUGAUGGAAAACCAGACAAUAUUACGUUUAUGAUCAAACGUAUAAAGGUUCACAACAUGAAUGCCAUGAAGGAUCCUAGCUAUCGAUUUCCCGGCAAUUAUGGUGUUGAAAAGUUCUUGGAAUUGUUUUCAGAGGAGGACUACGAUGCCUUUUGUCUGGCCUAUAUGUUCACCUAUCGCGAUUUUGAGAUGGGCACUUUGGGUCUGGCAUGGACAGGAGAUCUAAAAAAUGCCGGUGGCGUUUGUGAAAAGAAUGGCCACUAUCGAGGAUCGCUAAAGUCGUUAAACACAGGCAUUGUGACGCUCCUCAAUUAUGGCAAACAUGUGCCACCGGCUGUGUCGCAUGUGACCCUAGCGCACGAAAUAGGCCAUAACUUUGGCUCACCUCACGAUCCAGAGCUGUGCACACCAGGUGGUGAGGAUGGCAAUUUCAUUAUGUUUGCACGCGCAACAUCUGGCGACAAGAAGAACAAUAACAAAUUCAGCGCGUGUUCAUUAAAGUCCAUAGAGCCUGUGUUGAAUGCCAAGGCGCGCUCAAUGAAAGGCUGCUUUACGGAACCACAGUCCUCAAUUUGUGGCAAUGGUGUUGUUGAGCCAGGCGAGCAAUGUGACUGUGGCUGGGAAGAGGACUGCAAGGAUUCCUGCUGUUUCCCCAUGUCACGGAAUCCGCACAUCGAUGAAACGCCCUGCACAUUGACGCCACAUGCACGCUGCAGUCCGUCACAAGGUCCUUGCUGCACAACUGACUGCAAGGUGAAGUUUGGCGACAAGUGUCGUGAUGACAACGGUUGCCGUGAUCCCUCGUUUUGUGAUGGUCGGGUACCUCAAUGUCCGCCAUCGGUGAACAAACCGAACAAGACCAUUUGCAACAAGGAGUUUGUCUGCUAUAUGGGCGAUUGCACAGGCAGCAUUUGCUUGGCCUACGGCCUCGAGUCAUGCCAAUGCAUACCAGGACCUGAGGAUGAUCGCAUCAAGUCAUGCGAGUUGUGUUGUAAGUUGCCCGGUGAGAAUAAUCCGUGUCGCAGUUCGUUUGAAUGGAAUGAAGCUCCCUUCGAUGUGCCAGACAUGUACUCCAAACCGGGAACACCUUGCAAUGACUACAAUGGCUACUGUGAUGUGUUUCAAAAGUGCCGUGAAGUUGAUCCAUCUGGACCUUUGGCUACGCUGCGUAAAUUGCUGCUGUCAGAGGAGAGCAUUGCUACUUUCAAGAAGUGGAUGCAGCAACAUUGGUACACUGUAGCACUGGCUGCCAUUGGAGUCUUCUUACUACUGAUACUGAGCACAAAGCUGCUGGCGAAACGCUCGAAUCUGAAGCAUAAGUCGGUGACAAUCAUUCAUAGUGCCACCACGGAAACUGUGCGAUUACCGGAGAACAAUAACGGCGUCAUCGUACAUACGGCUGUGCGCACUAAAGUGCCAUUCAAGAAGAAGGUUCGCGGUGAGCGCAGCAAGAAGUCGACCAAUGGCGUUGGAGCAACAGCAGGAGUACGUUCAAGUGGAGCAGCUAAAGCCACUACCAGCGCAGAGCCAAAGAAAACAUCAAGAACGCAAGGAGUGACAAAGAAGAAAUCAAAAACGAGUGCAACUGACGAGGAUCAAGCUAAGAAAUCCAACAAAAAGCUGGGCAAGCAUAUGAAGGAAAUCAUUGAUUAUUCACAGCGCAACAAUGGUGGCAAUGGCGACGAUGGCUCCAAUCUGUCGACGAGCAACAAUCACACCAACACUUUUGGAAAAGUGCAAAAAUGGCUGCUGGAGUCGCCAAUUGUGGCACAACCAUUAUCGCACAUUGAGCAUAGCUCGCGUGUGCGCAAUGUGAUGAGCAAGUCGCAGUCAACGCCCGAGCGACUGGUGCAGAAAACGCCUCAAAAGACCAAGUCCAUGGGCAACCUGUCCAAUGAGAAGGUUAAACUGCAGGUCGUCUACAAGCCACCAUUCAAGUUCUCGCUGCGGCUGUCUAAGAAGCCCAAGGUGAAAACGCACGUCGUGGGCGUCAGUGCUGGCGCACGUCCAAAGCGCACACAAAAGAGCAAUGCACGCUCCAGUGGACAGCCGACCACGUCUAAGGGACCAUAUACGGAACGUGCGAAGCGCACUGCGCUGCUUUUGUGCAACGAAGCAGAGGACGAUAAUCAAAUUCUGACGCUCAACGAGCCCAACUACGAGACACUGAAGCCACCAACGCAACGUAAUAGCACCGACCACUGCUAUGAAAAUGUUGAUUUGCCCAGCGGCAGUGCCGCGGCAAUCGACACGAAGCCAAGCAGCAGUAAUAGCGGUGGCAAAAUUGCACCAAGCUCAACACGUGCCAGCCCAGAAGGCGCAGCAGCAACAUCCAAUACAGCAGGACAACGUAGCUCCUAUCGUCGCUCAAAUUCGUUGUCCACACACAAUCCGUUUGCAGUGGCGCCACGUCGUAGUAGCAGCAAGGCGGGCAAGAAUGAGGCACACAACUCUGGUGGAUCCAUAAAUUUAACGCGCAACUUUGGGAGCACACAGAAUCUCAUCAAUCUGAGCCAAAACAUGGCCAAGUCCAAGAAGCGCAGCAGUCUCAAUCUUAAGGCAAGUGCUGCCAAGAACGGAAAAGAUCCGCCUAUAGCUGCAGCGUCAGCAGCAGCUCCCACUGCAGCAACGCCACAGCGCCGUUCAAAUUCCAAUGCCAAUCUGCGCAGAAACAGCAGCGUUUCGAAUGCGCCGCCGUCACACCCAGCGCCGGUGCCGCCAACGCGCAAUUCGCGCAACAGCUUCAGCAACAUUCCACGCGCCAGUCUCAAUGGACAAAGCGGCUCCAACUCCUCCUCCUCAGUGGCAGCAGCUGCAGCGACGGCGUCUCAUGUGCCGCCGCCUAGCUUCUCUCGUCAGUCGUCGAGCAGCACAACGACCACUUCGUCCAGUGCUGCAACGUCAGCGCUACCGCAUCAUGCGCUACAACAAUCCGCCUCCGCAAGCGUCGUGACCAGCAGCCAACGGCAAGCGACGCAACCCAUACGACGCAGUCUUCACAAUUUCAGAUCACGCUCAACGGCAGCAGCGGCAGCAACAGCAACGCCAGCAUUACCCACGACGGCAAUGGACAAUGGAUUGCCAUCGGAUCUGGAGGUGGUUGUCUCUGAUAUUGAGAAUUUGGUUAGCUAAGAGCAGCGCCAUUUCUUUUCAUUUCAAACCAACCAAGUGAAAGUGAUAAGUCCUAAAGUUAGUUAUACAAAAAAAUUGUCGCAUAGGUUUAAAUGCAUAUACUUAUAUAUAUAUAUAUAUAAAUAUAAAAGAAAAUUUAGAUUUGUAUAUAUUUAAAACAUAUAUACAUAUUAUUCAAGAUAUGUAUGUACUUUACACUGCCUUAAACUUGCCGUUUCUGCUGAAUAUGUGAAUGCCACGCCAAUACAUCCCCUCCACACACCCUGCACACCAAAUACCAAGUACCAAAACGACCACAAUUAUCAUUAAUUAACGCUAACAACGCUCGUGCUUAUGGCUCUAUCGACACACAACACCUAACUUGACUUAUCCAUAAACCAUAAAUGCUCACCCACCCAAAGCCAAUGCCAAUGCCAAUGCCACAACAACACGACCACAAUCACUAUACAUACCACACCACCGCCGAAGCCAGCCGCACUCACCGCACAUUGUACCUUUUACUACUUAACUGUUGUAUUGUAUUCGUGAUCUGUAACUAUAUAUCUUGUAAACUGUAAUUUAAUCUAAUGCUAUAACCUAAAUUGUGUGCGGCUCUCGAAACUUGAUCGUCUUGCAUAUACGACACACUUCGCAAUGUUUUUCCUAGUAUCACACAGUGCUCUCUGAAAAAUAAUCAAAACAAUUUUUAUAAUGCAAACAUAAAAUAUAUAUCCCAUAGAUCGAUUACAAUAUACUAUUUUCGUAUGUGUAUCCAAGACACUCGCAAAUCGAUUGCUGCACACAAUCAUACUAUUCUUAUACUAUUAUUGGCCUGUUAAUAUUGUUUUCUACAUAGAGUAUUAUGUUUUUUGUUAGAUUUCUAUUUCUAUAUAAGUAUCGCGCUAUCUGUUUCUUUUAACUACUAUCAUUGUCAUCUGUAAACUUCGACACACAGAACAGAACAACAAUACAAGGUGCUAUUUUAUUAACGAAAAUGUUUAAGAACAAGAAAUUAACCAACAAAUUUUAAAACUUAUAACAUAUUUUCCAAGAAGAUCAAAAAACGAUAUUAAGAUCUGUAGUUGAGAACGAAGAGAAUGGAGAAGAGUGUAGCCAAGUAGACUGGGUAGCCAGGGGAAAGUUGCAAAUUAAUGAUACUUAGUAACAAUAAAAUAUAACCAACGAGAUAAUUGUCAAUAAAUCAAAAGUAAAAUGCAUCGAACGUAGUUAAUAGUAGUCGCAAACAAAAUCAAAUAGAGAAGUUAAUGCUAAUCCUCCCAGUCAAUGACACAUAAAAACAUACAUCACACACACACACACACUAAAAUGCCUGCGCCAUUCUUAGUAGUAGUGUAUAUAAGAAAUCAAAUCGAAAUAUAUACAUACAUAAAUAGUUUUUAUAUGCAAUAACAAAAGAAAGAAAAAACUAGAGCAAUGAAGAAACACCUAACGAUAUUCAUAAACACUCAUAACACUCACACACGAAUAGUCACGUAGCGUAUCGAAUCACUGAGCAAACGGCUUGCAAAAUAAAACCCCCAAUAAUUAACGAUUUGUAGCCGUAAGAUAAUUGGAAAACCCCUAUAUAUAUAGUCGUAGCUACUGUAAUUGUAACACUGUGUUGAAAAUCGGCGUUUAAGAUUGCGUAUAGUUCUGAUAUGUAUUUGCAUUUGUAUGACGGGUGGUAAAAUAGUUACACGGGGAGUGCAAUUUUAUGAGCAUUUGCGUAUAUUUUUUUUGGAAUAUACAAUUCAUUAUAGAAAGAUAUAGAUAUGCUACUUAUGCUCAGCUCAAAAAUUACCGACCCACGUAGAAAUGGGACAUGGGACAGAAAGUUAACGUUAACGCGUAGGCAAGCUAUGAAACGGAAUAACGAUAAAGUACGCGACAAUCGCUUUGAAAUGCUUAAAUGAACAAAAAAAGAAUAAAAAUCGAAUUUUAGUUGUAAGUUUAAGUCUUAACAAUUGAACAAGAAAAAAAAGAAUAAACAUAAAUCGAGAACCUACGAUAAAAUAUUUAAAUAUGAAACUAUACAAGGCGCAGAUUCUUUUUUAACGUCAAACUAUCGGCAAUAUUAUUAAACUUACCAAAAAACACAAAAGAUAAAAAAAAGAAAAUCAAGAAUAAAGAAAAUUGCCAAUGUUUAUGUACUGUAAAUAAAAAAAAAAAAAAAUUCAAAGAAAUAUGAUCUAAGUUGAGGAUGAUCGGC